AUGGCUGCUUCAUUCUUCUCUCUCCAAGGCCAAACGGCUCUUGUCACUGGUGGUACACGCGGCAUUGGCCAGGCAGUUGCAAUUGGCCUCGCUGAGGCUGGCGCAGACAUCAUCCUUAUCCAGCGAGAUACUACAUCACAAACAACAAAAGAGUCGAUCGAGAAGCUGGGGCGAAAAGCUUUUAUCUACACUGCCGACCUAUCGUCGCAAGAAUCUGUUGCUGCGCUUGUGCCCAAGGUCCUUGCCGAUGGCCACCAGAUUCGCAUCUUGAUCAACUGCGCCGGUAUCCAGCGACGACACGCAUGCGAAGUCUUCCCUGAUAGCGACUUCAACGAGGUCAUCCAAGUAAACCUCAACUCCGUCUUCACCCUCUGCCGUGAUGUUGGUGCCCAUAUGCUCAACCUCGAACCCUCACCCGUCACUGGCCGUCGCGGCAGCAUCAUUAACUUCGCAUCCCUUCUUACUUUCCAGGGUGGUCUCACUGUUCCAGCCUACGCCGCAUCCAAGGGCGCUGUUGGCCAGGUCACAAAGAGCUUCGCCAACGAGUGGACAUCUAAGGGUAUCACCGUGAAUGCCAUCGCCCCCGGAUACGUCACUACCGAUAUGAACGAGGCUCUGCUUGCGAACCCAGAGCGCUUGGCUAGUAUCACCUCGCGCAUCCCUGCCGGUAACUGGGGCUCACCAGAGGACUUCAAGGGCACAGCGGUGUAUCUUGCGAGUAAAGCCAGUGGCUACGUGAGUGGACAUGUGUUGGUCGUUGAUGGCGGAUGGAUGGGUCGAUAA